AUGGGAUCUCGAUCUCGAUUGGCUGAUUUGCUGGGAUUUUAUAAGAGCAGGCUCAGGACGCAUACCGCCCAACACGACCUGUACCACCAUGGACAUCGACUGCGACUGGUGUUUGACUUGCGAAAAGCACAUCGUAUGUUCUCUUUUAUUUGUCAAAAAACAUAUAUCUCACUAUUCAAACAGGAGUCCAACUCGCCCUACUGUUCUAUCGAGUGUCAGGAGCGCGCUAUGCCUCCCGCUCAUCAAUCUUACUGGCGCCUCCCCGCCCCCGCCCCCGCCCCCGCCCCAAACGACGACCUCGAUCUCGAUGUCAUCUACCACACCAUCGAAGAGCCCUCAGACUCCAGGUGGACUGGCAACGAUUAUGCCGGCAUCGAGGCCUGGGCAGCUCAGAUCCCAUACGGCGCGCCUGCAGGCGACGAUUCUCCCUCAUCGUACAGCUCGAGCUCGGCUUUUCACCAGCAGCCGCAAGGCACCCCUCACCGAGCAUCACCGCCCGCUCUUCUCACCUCCAGCUGUCGACCACGUACUCUCCCGCCCUCACUCUCAAUGGCAACUCCGCCCCAUGUUCGUCCACCGCCCUCCCAUCCCAUGCAAACCCCAAGGCGCCAGUCCUCCUCGUCCUCCACAGAUCCAACAGCAGCCAACGCAAGCAUCGGUCAGACCUCCAUCCACUCACCAGCAACAGGAUCCUCCCUCGUCAGCACGCCCUAUUCCUCCCAACCCGUGCCCAUUCUGCGAAACCAGUCUUUGCUCGAUGGCAUGUAUUCGCACGUCCGCUCCUGGGUAUCACCCGCACCCAUACACCAGUUCCAGCCACAGACCCAGAAAUCCCAACGAACCCACCCCUCACAGCUCAUCUCACACGCACCCUCACAGCACGCCGCUGUCCCCGUCUUUCCAGUCCGGGUCGUCUCAUCCCCGCAGUCUUCCUGCGGCCUUUCAGAAAAAUCAGCCAUCUGCUGGGUGCCCACCCCCGCCGUUGUGAAACAGCCACAGCUAGACAGCAAACCGAUCAAGGUCCAGCGAGGGCGCAAGCUCCUUGGUGCUGAGCUCGCAGAGCAUCCCUCGUUCAGAACACGAGGGCGCAAAGCCUCCCGUGCCGCCGCAUGA